AUGCGGCCGAUUUCAACUUCGGCCCUUCGGCCGUAUGUCUGUCCGUCGUGUCGAUAUGCGCGUGUCUCCAACAGGAGGAGGUUCGGGUCGAAACCUGCGCCGGUAACGGAUAUCUACGAUGUGGUUUGCGUCGGAGGUGGUCCUGCGGGACUCGCACUUCUUGCUGCUCUCCGCGCAUCCCCCGCAACCUCAAAGCUGAAGGUCGCUCUCGUGGAAUCGCAAGACCUCGACAAAGCCCGCUCGUGGAAGCUCGACCCGCACCAGUUCUCCAACCGCGUCAGCAGCCUCACACCCUCGUCGGUAUCAUUUCUACAGAAGAUCGGCGCAUGGGAUCGUCUAGAUGUUUCACGGACACAACCCUACCAGGGCAUGGAAGUUUGGGACGGAGAAACAGGGUCCAAGAUCUCAUUCGACUGGUCCGCGGAGACCUCGCCGUUCGAAGAUCUCCGCACCGUCGCAACAAUGACCGAGAACGCCAACCUCGUGCACGCCCUUCUCUCUCGGAUCGCUGCAUCAGGUGACGAGAACCUCUCCAUCUUCUCCAAGUCUACCGUAUCCUCCAUCGAGAACGGCGCCGCGGACGGUCCCAACGGCGCGGACCUCUCAGCAUGGCCGGUUCUCUCUAUCGCACCAGCCGGACCUGCCCGCCAAACUACAUCGCCCUCCCGCAUUGCCGCAAGACUUCUUGUCGGAGCAGACGGGAUCAACAGCCCCGUCCGCCGGUACGCGGACAUUUCCACAGACGGCUGGGACUACGAGCGCCACGGCAUCGUCGCGACGCUAUCCCUCGCCGACCAAGUCCCUCCUCUGUUCCCCCUCGGCACAAGAAACGCAUACCAGCGCUUCUUACCCGCCCUCGGCGGCCCAAUCGCCCUUCUUCCAUUACCAGACAACAACGCCACGCUUGUCUGGUCCACGACCGUCGAGAAUGCAGCUUACCUCAAGUCUCUGUCGCCCGGCGCAUUCAUUGCUAUGGUCAACGCCGCGUUCCGCUUGUCUAUGCCGGACCUCCAGUACAUGAUGCGCAUGGAGCGCCCCUCGCCCUCUGUCACUAAUCUGGACGAGGACCCGCACGAAAGCGAACUCACCUGGCGCCUUCAACAUACCCCUGCCCCUUCGCAUCUUCCGCCCAUGGUUACAGGGGUGCAAGAAGGCACAGUCGCCUCGUUCCCGCUGCGCUUCCGUCACGCAUCAACGUACAUCUCGCCGCGGGUUGCGCUCGUCGGCGACGCGGCCCACGUCAUCCACCCUCUCGCAGGCCAGGGACUCAACCUCGGUCUCGGUGAUGUCGCAUCGCUAUCUAGUACGAUCGAAUACGCUGUCACACACGGCAUGGAUGUCGGCGAUAUCCUGACGCUCGAGCGAUACACGGCGGAGCGGUACGCGACUAAUGCGAAGAUUGGCGGGACUUGCGAUAUCCUGCACAAGCUGUAUAAUGUGCCGGGUCAGGGUCCUGUUGCGUGGGGACGGAGCUUGGGAUUCGAGAUCAUCGAUCGCGUGCCCUUCUUGAAGGGGUUCUUGAUGAGGAAUGCGGAUUCAUGA